AUGCAAACCAAACUUGCUAUUGUAGUGUGGAGUCCUUUGGACUAUGGCACGAUGAUGAUGACAUUCUACCGGCGUUUUGCUAGUCUUUUGGACCAUCUUUUUAAAAACAGAGAUAUCAAUCAAGCUCUGCGACCGCAGGUGGAUUUAUCAGCUGCUGGUUUUCCAUCACUUCGACUUGGGUGUUCCAAGAUGCUUGACCACUUUACCAGUUCGAACCAUCAUGACAACAACUCCCAUGCCAACUCACAUAUAAACAAGGCUGUUGUCACCAGUAUUAUCAUACGCCUUUCUUUCUACUUGCAUGCAUAUCAUCACCAUCAUCCAUGGCCUUUGCUCACUUCAUUGCUUUACCAUCACUUGGUGUGCUCAUUGCUGCCUAAUGACAUUUGGCUGUGCUCCUUGAUGAACCCUUUGGGGUACAUGCCCAAUUACCGACAAUCCAAAAACCUUCGGGUGAAUGCCUCCAUCUUAAGCCAUCUUGUUUAUCGUGGCGUCUCUGAUACCCUGGCAAUGGAAUGGAUUGGCAAUUCGGGUUACCUAUAUCAAUUGACAUGGAUUCCCAAUGAGGAGAGAGUGUAUCUUGCCAGGCUUAUUACGACUAUGCAUUUACCCACGGAUCCUACAAUGCUUGACGAUGCUGUCGUGCUAAUGAAAGCCCUGUUCAUGUUCAAGAGCCGUUCUUGUACAAAUGCAAAAAGAUCAAAACAAGCAUCCAACGAUCUGCAUAUUACAAACAUCUUUGCCAGUCUAGCGUGUGCCGAAGAGCCAACAGACACGGAUCCAUCGUCAUUACCAGAUUUUAUGCUGAAAUCGAAUCGUAUCAGGCGUGCAACGAUCGACUACCGUGUUUUUGAACGAGUCUACUCCCUGGAUUUUUCUCUGUCUCUCAUUUUACGGCGUUACAUUUCAUCUCGAUUGUUGCAUCCAUCUGACACAAAUCACAUCCUACAUUGA